AUGAGUUGUAUUUCUGUUAAGAAGCAUGUUAAUUAUGGUGAAGUGAUUCUAAUAGUUGGAGAUUGUCAUAAAAUAUAAUGGAAUGUAUAGAAUGGAAUUUAAAUGUAAUGGAAUUAAGAUGAUAUCUGGAGUGUAACACUGGACUCCUGUUGUUUACCUAUGAAUUAUCGUUAUGUAGUUGUUAAGUAAGACAACAGAUAGAUUGUAGAAUGGGAAGAUGGAAUAAAUAGAGUGUUUAAUUUUCAUCAAGAUGUUUAAGAUAUAUGGGGUCAUCUUAGAAUUACUAUAAAAUUCAUGAAUUAUCUACAUUCUAACAUAAAAUUCAAUCUAUAUACAUAAACUGGAAGACAUAAGAUUCCACUAAAUAGAAUUGAGAGAGAAUAUACAUCUACAUUUCAGAUCCCGAAUAAAUCUAUUCAUUAAUUGGCCUACAAAUACUAAUCUAAUGAAAAGUGGGAAAGAGGUGGUGUACGAAUGAUCCAUUCUCAUUCAAUAAUUAAUAAUGUAAUUCAUGUGAUUGACUCUGAUGUUGAUUUCAAUCUUAAUUAUAAUCGUAUUUUUGAAAACCUAUACGUUGGUUCAUUUAUUUAUAUAGAGUAAUUAUAAUUAUUAAUAUAAUAGUGAAAUCCGCAUUCUAUAAGAUUUGGGUGUAAAUGCUAUACUAAAUUUGUAAACUGUUGAAGAUUUAAUAAACAAGGAUUUAUCUGAAGAUUAUUUUGAUCAACUUAAAUCUUAAAGUCAAUCAUUUGGUAUUAUCUAUUAACAUUGUCCAAUAAAAGAUUGUAAUAAGAGAUCAUAUCUAUAAAAUGGAAUUAAUGCUUAUUAAAUUCUCAAAAAUUUAUUGGAUGAAGGUAAAUGCGUAUAUGUACAUUGUACAGAUGGAAUUUAAAGGAGUGUUUAAACUAUUAUAUUAUAUAUGGUUUAGGAUUUAAAUUACUCUCUCGAAUAGGCCAUUGAAUUAGUUUAAGUCAUUAGACCAAGAUCAAAACCUAUUCUUGAAGUACUUUAAAAACUCUUAAAUCUUUGA